CAUGUCGUUCAAUCGAAUUGUCGUUCUCAUUGUAAAUCCUUGUCGGGAAGGGGCAUGGAAUUGCAGGGCACUGCGCCAUUGGAGAUGGAGACAAGCAGUUCCUCUUCCGACGAUACGAACCCUUGCCCGAUCUGCCUCGGACCCAUAAUUCAACCUUCCUAUCUUGACAAAUGCUUCCAUAAAUUUUGUUACAAUUGCAUUGUGCAAUGGACUAAAGUGGUUUCUGGAAAGCACUCUUGCACACUUUCAUCCAUUAAGUGCCCUUUAUGCAAGACAGAAAGUCCUUCUAUAAUACAUGGAUUAGAUGGACAUUGUUUCCAAAGACAUUAUGUUAAUCAGGAUUUUCAGGAUAGCUUUAUCUUAUCAAAAGCUCAAAAGUAUAGAUUACAGUGCUAUUAUACUGAACCAGGUUUCUUGGAUGACAUAUUCAGUGUACAGAAGUAUUGGAAGUUACGGAAGUAUCUACAGGCAAACCAGUGGCUCGAAGUUUGGUUGAAAAGGGAACUUCAAGCUUUGAUUCAGGAAGAAGAUGUUGACAUAAUUAUGCACCACCUGCUUGGUUCAAUUCAUUCAUUUUUUAGUAGAAAUGAACCUAGGUAUCAAACAGAAACUCCCCAGCUGAAGAGGGAAAGGUUUAACAGCAUGAUCCUUGAUGCAGCAAAGCCAUUCCUGUCAGAAAGAGCGGACCGGUUCGUGCUCGAGUUGGAGCUGUUUCUUGCUUCAGGUUUAAACAUCGAAGCCUAUGAUUCGGUUUACUUGCAACGGCUGGGUUGGAACAAGCCUGUCGGACCCAGCAUGGCGGUAGAAGAUCUUGGACACGAACCUGUAACUCCAUACUUGUUUAUCUUUGACUAUGACCCUGAUGAUGGUGAUUAAACAAGUUCUUAUGAAAUUGAAUUGUUUUUUUGUGACAAUAA